CUGGGGUGCGCAACUAGCAGCACAGGUGGAUACAUGACUUCUCCAACUGUUCGACCCAAAAAGACCCGACGCCAGGAUCAUAAUGCGACAUAUGGUUUGACGCCAAGGGGGAGAAGCUGUUUACGCGCCUCUUCUUGCUCCCCCACGCCCGAAAGCGCAGAGGAACCCCGGCCGGUCUUUAUCCCGGAGUGAGAAACCAGCCCCGCGCUCGGUAUGGACUGAGUACUGGAUACGAUAAAGAGGGGAGCUUCGUGUGACCGGAUUUCCUCCUUCUGGCCUUUUGUUUUCUUGGGUUUCCGUUUCUCAAUUUCCAGUCAUUCGAAUUGGCUUUGCAAGCUUUCCAUUCCACAGACAGCCCUCACAGACAUUUACACAAAACAAAGAUAAAAAAUGCCUUACCCAGAAAAGUUCACGGGCUUCCAGGUCAAGAGCCCGGACAGCUGGACCGAAUUCCACAAGAACGAGUUCGACCCCAAGCCCUUUGGUGACUACGAUGUCGACAUUGAGAUCGAGUGCUGCGGUGUCUGCGGCAGUGACGUCCACACUGUCUCUGGUGGCUGGGGAGAGCAGAAGUUCCCUCUGGUUGUCGGACAUGAGAUCGUUGGCAAGGCCAUCAAGGUCGGCCCCAAAGUCACACUGAUCAAGGAGGGCCAGCGCGUUGGUGUUGGUGCACAAUCCUAUGCCUGCCUGGACUGCAAGCAGUGCAAAAACGACAAUGAGACAUACUGCAAGAAGCAGCUCGACACAUACGGCUCCGUCUGGCCCGACUCCGGAGUUGUCUCACAAGGAGGCUACUCGUCUCAUGUCCGGACUCAUGAGCACUGGGUCUUCCCCAUCCCCGACGCCCUAGCCAGCACCAUCGCUGCCCCUAUGCUCUGCGCCGGUCUGACGGCCUACAGCCCACUUGUGCGCAACGGCGUCGGUCCCGGCAAGAAGGUCGGCAUCCUCGGCAUGGGAGGAAUCGGACACUUUGGGCUGCUCUUCGCCAAGGCCCUGGGCGCCGAGGUCUGGGCCAUCUCGCGCAGCCGCGCCAAGGAGGCCGACUGCAAGGCCAUGGGCGCCGACGGCUUCCUGGCCACGUCGGAGAAGGGCUGGAACGAGCCGCACGCCAUGACCUUUGACGCCAUCCUCAACACGGCCAGCAGCUUCGAGGGUUGGGACUUUGGCGCCUACCUGGGCCUGCUGGACGUGCACGGCAAGUUUGUCGCCGUCGGUCUGCCCGAGGGCGAGGGCAUGAAGAUCCGCAACCAGGACCUGCUCAGCAACGGCGUCUUCAUCGGCGCGUCGCACCUGGGCUCCAGGAGGGAGACCAUCGAGAUGCUGCAGCUCGCGGCGGACAAGGGCAUCAAGUCGUGGGUCGAGGAGAUCCAGAUCGGUGAGGAUGGGCUCAAGGAGGCGCUGACGAGGGUUCACAAGACGGAUGUGCGGUACCGUUUCUGCAUGACUGGAUACGACAAGGUAUUCACCGCAUGAGAGUAAUGUGCGGUAUUGUACAUAGCACAUGGUAAGAGCCCAUAAUGAUCAGCCUCGUCCAUCUGCGUCAGAUCCGUGAUAUUUGAGAAGUUAUGCAC